AAGCAAGCCACAAGCAAGCAAGCAGGACUUCACUUCCUCGUUUCGUUCCGUUUCGUUUCAUUCAUUCGCUUAUGUUCCCAACAAUCUUUUGAACAACUUGUCAUUUAGUCACUCAUUUCAGGUUUGAAACCUCAUACAUUCUUUCAGCCAGUUCGCAUAGAAUACGAACACAAUGCUCUGGCAAGCUCCACUUGCGUUGCUGGGAUUAUUCGCUACUCUCGGCAACACGGCACCUCUCGCACCCCUCGGAGGUGAUACCGAAGACCUUGCCAACGUCACCACCCAUUCUCUGGACAAACGUAUUAAUGAAGGAGUCAGAUAUGUCUGGCGAACGGAUGGCCGCUCCCCGAGUGUGCUGAAGGCCUCCGAUGGUUUCCAGACAAAAGGCUGGACCAACGGAUACAGGGAGGAUGUCAGUCUCUACAGGCACUGCAAGGGAGCUAAAAACGGUGCUAGCAUGGACAACGACGGCUUCGUUUCAACAACGUGGAAGCACUCAGUGGCUGAAGGCUGGGUUCUAGAUCACCAUCAUGGCUCUGCCUACGUCUACAAGAUUGCGACUGAUGAAGGGCUCAUCGAUGUUGAAGCUACUCUGAAGGGCUACAGCCCUUAUCCCCACGAGUUGGAAUUUGCCGCCAUCCACUCCAUUCCGUGGAAACAGGUCCAAGGCUGGUACAAAUACAGCUCCAAUGGCAAAGGCGGAACCAGACAGUCCGAAUAUGUGUACAACAAGGACUUCAGCCAGUCGAUGUACGGUAAUCGGCCCCACGGCGGUUCUCAAUUCCCGCUCUCCGGCUUUCCCAAUAACCACCCAGCAUGGGACAAGUUGCCUUGGGCUCGCUAUGCUCACUGCAGGCCCAAGAAUGCUAAACGUGCCGAGGAGAUCUUCGCCCAACAGUCGCCCCCCACUCAUGACAUCGAUACCAUUAAUGGCGUCGAGGUCGCCACAGUAGCUCCUCUUGAAGCCCGAGGAAGGGCGCGCGGCUCUCGCACAUCCCGGAAGAGGCCUUCGGCUGCGGGUAGGCGCAAGAAGACAACGAAGAAGCCCGCCAAGAAGCCCACCACUGGCACUAAGAAGUGCACUGCUGCAAUGAAGAAGUCUGGAAAGUGCAAAGACACAACCACCCCAGCCAAGUGCACGCCUGCCAUGAAGAAAGCCGGAAAGUGCCCGAGCACAUGCUCGGCGGCGGAGAAGAAGUCAAAUGGUGGUACAUGCCCGAAGUGCACAGCAGCUGAGAAGAAGGCGAACGGUGGAGUAUGCCCGACAUGUACAGCGGCCGAGAAGAAGAAGAAUGGCGGCAAGUGUCCCCCGAAGAAGGGCGAGUGUGGCCCUAGCAAGUCGAACAAGGCUCGUGCCCUAGAAUACGUCAAGGCUCUUAAGGCCGGUAGGGCUGGAAGGAAGAUGAAGUGGUCGGAGGGUACCACUGGUGCGAAGGGUGGAAAGGGCACCAAGGCUGGCGGUAAGACUGGUGCUUAAAGAGAGGCGGUUUGAUUGGUCCUGGAGGAUUGGCCUCUGUCCAGGGCUGGCAGGGUUCGGAAUUCUAUUGUAGCAUACUCUACGGCGGGUUGGGGAUUUGACAGCAAGAUUAGUAGCGUUCUCUUCGUGUAGAUGGUCAUUAUAGAUAUAUAUCAAGCACUUCAUGUAGUGCUUGUGUUGCAC